AUGAUCUCUAUCAUGAUUACUGUCGUUGUCAUUAACAUGAGCGUCGAUGUCACCGUCAACAGUAAUGACAGUGACAAUCAUGUUGAUGGCGAUGACAGUGGUCAUGGUAGCUAUUACCAUGGUGGUGGUGACGACGGUAACAACAAGAGUCAUGUUGGUGUUGGUGACAAUCAUGAUGAUAGUUGCAACAGAAAAGAAGGUCAUGAUAGUGGAGGUGGUGACAACGACAACGACAAUCAUGGUGGUGGCUAUAAUGGUGGUCAUGGUGGUGAUAAUGACAGUUAUGGUGAUGAUAAAUGA